GAAAUCGAUCUAGGACGCUCAAUCGCAUCCGCACAGAUGUCAAUAAACAUGGCUUUAAGACGACCGUUGCACUUUGUUUUCAAAGUUGGUGACCGGGCCAAAACAGCCACGUUUUACCGUGAUGUUCUAGGCAUGAAGGUUUUACGACACGAGGAGUUCGAGGAAGGUUGCAAGGCUACUUGCAAUGGUCCUUACGAUGGGAAGUGGAGCAAGACAAUGGUUGGCUAUGGUCCAGAGGAUGACCAUUUUGUUGCUGAACUGACAUACAAUUAUGGGGUGGGAGAGUAUCAACUUGGCAAUGACUUCUUGGGUCUCACCCUGCAGUCUAGCCAAGCUGUGAGCAAUGCCAAACGACUUGGGUGGCCUCUAACUGAGGUAGAGGAGGCUCUGUAUCUGACACAGGCUCCAGGAGGAUAUCCUUAUUAUCUUGUGGACAAAGAACAACCUCCUCAUGACCCUGUGCAGAAAGUUCGCCUUGGGGUGUCAGACCUCCAGAAGUCAAUCCAGUACUGGACAACGCUCUUGGGAAUGAGGGUGAUGGAGAAAAAUGAGGAAAAGAAGACAGUGCUGUUGGGAUUUGUGGACUCUCAAUGUAAACUAGAGCUUCAGGAUACUGGCGCGCCGGUCGACCAUGGAACAGCGUUUGGGAGAAUUGCAUUCUCAUGCCCACGAGAGCAAUUGCCAAACCUCGAAGCCUUAAUGAAGAAGGAAAAUCAGAAAAUUCUCACUCCAUUAGUCAGCCUGGACACGCCUGGAAAAGCCACAGUUGAAGUGGUUAUUUUAGCUGAUCCAGACAGCCAUGAGAUCUGUUUUGUGGGAGAUGAGGCUUUCAGACAGUUAUCCACCGUGGACCCCAAAGGAAGCGAACUGCUUGAUAAGGCAAUGGCUGAAGAUAAAAGUGAUGAGUGGUUUGCCAGGCACAACAAACAGAAAGCUGUUGCCUGAAUUAAAGAAUUUCCUGGAGAACUGUCCAUCGCACACGACUCCUCAGCUCACAGAUGAGAUGCUGAAAGACACGUGUAGCAUAAAUGUAAAAGCAUUCCAUGAAGCACUGCGAUGGACCCUUCCCACGAUUUGAUGAAUAUUUUUUUCACAAUCAAUGAUACUCCUUAAAAAACACAAGACAGGUUUGGGAGAAAAUCUUAAAGCAACCUGUUUCUUCAAAUUAGAAUCAUUACUAUGAGCAGGAGACUAAUUUUACUGUUGGAUCUUUAGUACUUUAGUACUCUAUGUACCUGGUCUAACACUACCUGUGGAUGUACUUUGUGUUUCUAAAUUGUAGUAUUAUGCUAAAAAACUACAUAAAAAACAUGCCAUACAAAUGAAAUAAAAGGUUAUAGAUCAACAUUUCAGCACUCAACCCCAGUGUAAAAUUAUCAUGCAGAAUCUUUCCUGUAGUAUGUGAUUUACUAGUGCAGUUUUUAUGAAUUUCUAAAAAAUUAAGACUUCCUGAUGUAAAAGUAAAGGCACUGCAGCUUGAAGUAGUCAAAAGAAAUCAAAAGCAGCUGUAACAAUAGCUUCCCAAGCACCGAUGAUGCCCUAACUACAUGACUUAUAGCCCUGCAUCACAGCUGAUCCAAAAUCAUGCAAUAGUAAAAUGUCUCAAGUUUAAUAUUUGAUUUGUUUUAUUUGUUGCACAUAAUUCAGUGACUUGCAUCAGAAACAUGUUUUUACAUAAAAAAACUAAACAUUUUGAGUGUUUCAACAUUUGCCUGACUGGCACCACAUUUUGGCCACACGUAUGAAAACGUCAAAAUUUCACUGGCAACUCGUUUUAAUUGAGAGCUCGUCAAGUUAGUUGACAUGGACAUGCCUGUCUUCUUUCUUUUAUAACUAAAUCAAAUGCAGUAAAAAAAAAAAAACACAAUUUCAAAGCAAGAACUCAACUCCAUUUUCAUAGUAACACUAAAUUCCUACACCCACCCCAA